AUGUCACAAAAGGAAAACAUGCUCGAGAGUCCUGCCGAAUUUCUGAAAGAGGUGAGAGAAAGCUUUAAUAUACAGCAGGAUAUUGAUGCCAUGAAAAGAAUCCGCCACGAUCUUGAUGUCAUAAGAGAUGAAAGUGAAGCAAGAAUUACUUCAGAAAACUUUAAAGUAUCUGAGUCGGGCAAAAAGCUGAACACAGAGAGGAUAAACAUCGCUAAGUUGGAAGGCGAUUUGGAAUAUACUAAUGAAGUAGGCAAUGAGUUUGGCAGCAAAGAAGAGCUGGUUAGUCUACUUAAGGAUUUGGACGGGCUAGAACGAAAUAUCGUUUCUCUUCGUAGUGAGUUGGAUGAAAAGAUGAAAAUGUACAUUAAAGAUAGCGAAAUUGUAUCUACGGCAGACGGUUCCGAAAUAAAUCCAAAGAUGAUCGAAUCCGAGCUGGAAGAUCAAAAUACCAUCACUCCAGAGGCAAACGAAAACAUUCUAAAACUAAAACUGUACAGAUCGCUAGGGGUAAUAUUAGAUUUAGAGAAUAAUCAAGUCCUUAUCAAUAGGAAGAAUGACGGUAAUAUAGACGUUUUACCCUUGGAUGACAACUUGAGUGACUAUUAUAAGACCAAGUAUAUAUGGGAAAGAUUAGGGGAAUGA